AUGUUGAGUAUUACAACAUCAAGAGUUCCCCAUAAUUGUGCUAGCCCUCCUACCAGAUCCAGUCGGAGAUCUCAAGUUUAUGGCACUAACUCCAAUUUUCAUUUGGCAACCUCAAAAUGCAAUCACAAACGCCAAUUUCUUGGGAAUCAGAAGACGAAAAUUUUCACCACCACCCUGGAAGUACUGCACUACGGAAAGAAUAGAAAGAUGGACAUGACUGUCUACAGCACCGGUGUUGAAUCAGGACUUCCUUUUCCUCUUCCUUUUGAUCUUCCCUUUGAUCUUAAUCCCGGAUCUUGCUUUGAAUUGGCUGUGUGGACAAAAGUCGAUUCAAUGAUGCAGACAGUGGAAGCUGUUGCCGAAACUGUAGAAAAGGUAGCUGAUAAAGUGGACAAGGUAGCAGAAGACUUUGCCGAUAGUUUGCCGGAGGGCAGAGUUAAACAAGCGGCAAGAUUUAUUGAAAAUAUUGCCGAAGACGCAGAAAAGGAUGCUCAUCUAGUCGAUGAAGCUAUUGAGAAGAUAGAAGAAAUACAAAUAGAACUGGACAAAGAGGCGGAGCGGUUCACUCAAGCCGAAACCAAAACCACAGAAGCCCAAAACGGUUGA